AUGUCCACUCUCUCUUCAAUCUCAUGCAACGUCAUCAUCAAGAAAACAAUCCCAGUCUACAUAUCUACUAAAUUAAUAGUGUCCUAUAAUGCUGCAAUUUCUCAUAAAACCUCAAAACAUAUCUCUGUUUCAGGCCACCAGUGGUUAACCCAAAACCUAACUGACCCACCAUCAAAAACUCCGCCGGAGUUCCCUUCGCCGCCCGACACCAAACCUUUUGUGCCGCCAGAGGUGCCUCGGAAUGUUCCGGAUUUUGACCCGGUUCCACCAGAGAAGCCCGCCAACCCUCCGCCGCUGUCACUCGGACCGAACCCGGAAUUUCCUGGCCCACCAAAUCCGGAGCUGCCGGUUAAGGAUGAACCUCGUCUGCCAAUGCCACCGAGUCCGGAAUGGCUGCUGGAGGUGUUUCCGCCACGUGCACCGGAGGUCAUACCGCCGAAGCCACCGGAGGUGGGGCCACCGCACCCAUUACAGCCAGAUAUUCCACCACCUGUGUCCAGCUGA